AGUUCACCACAGAGAGAACUCUGUUGCCUCAUAAAUCUCCCUUGGUUUCUCCAAAAAGCAGAACACGGGUAAGACGUUUGGUUUCUCCAAAGAGCAGAACACGGGUAAGACGUUUGGUUUCUCCAAGGAGCAGAACACAGGGCACCUUCUGUGAAAUAGUGAAAAACAGAGAUUAACCAUUCUGAAGUGUUUGUGAAUCCGAUGGACUCCGACAGCUGAUUGGUCAAGGUCAUUAAAACCCUUCGACAGAUUGCUACAAAGAGAGUUUAGGGACCUUGAUUCAAUGUAAUACGUAUCGCUGCCUGUAGCGUAGAGACGCGGCUGGUCAGAGCGGCUGGCGGAGGAACACCAUGAUCUCCACGGCUCUCUGUUGGAUGUUUUUAGCGUCCUUCAUUGGGCUGACCAUCGGCGGCAACAUGCUGGUGUGUUUGGCUGUGGGGCUCAGCCGCCGCCUGCGCAGCAUCACCAACUGCUUCGUUGUGUCGCUGGCCGUGACGGACCUGUUGCUGGGCCUUCUGGUGCUGCCCGUCUCUGCCACCCUGGAGUUGAGAAGCAGACACUGGCCACUAGGGGGCGCUCUGUGUAACCUCUACAUGUCUCUGGACGUGAUGCUCUGCACUGCGUCCAUCCUGACCCUGCUGGCCAUCAGCGUGGACCGCUACCUGGCCAUCUCGGCCCCACUCCGUUACCCCCGCAGGGUCACGCCGCCCCGCGUAGCCCUGGCCGUCACCACCAUCUGGGGCACGUCCUUGGUCAUGGCCUUCGUCCCCAUCCACCUGGGCUGGAACACGGCCAACUUCAGGGUCCAGAACCUGGACUGGGGCGUUCAGGAUGACGCGGGGGAGGGACACACCUGCCGCUUCGAGUGGCUCAACGACUACGUGCUUCUGAACUCCUUUUGCACCUUCUACCUCCCACUGCUGGUUAUGUGCCUGGUGUACCACCGCAUCAUUCGGAUAGCCCGUGAACAGGCGCGGCGUAUCCAAGCCGCCACUCCCUCAUUUGCCCGUACGGCUUCGGCGGCAGCCACAGUCCAGGAACACAAGGCCACAGUGACUCUAGCAGCCGUUCUGGGGGCCUUUGUUAUCUGCUGGUUUCCCUAUUUCACCUUCUUCACCUACAUGGGCAUGGUGGCAGAGACGAACCCUCCUGCUACUGCCUACUCCGUGGUGCUGUGGCUGGGAUACUUUAACUCCGCGGUCAACCCCAUCCUGUACCCGGCCCUGAACAGGGACUUCCGCAAGGCCUAUGGGGAGCUGCUGUGCUGCAGGGGGCUGUGGUGGAGACACGUGUCCACAGCCGUCCAUGAGUGUCUGGAGAUACAAGGGACCCACUCGAACAGACACUGGGGUACUGAUCUGAGAAAUGGCCACAAAGAUACCUUCCCCAAGGACAAUCAGCUGGAGAGGAAGAUCUUCACCCUGCAGGAGAGCAAUGACAGCUCCGUCCCGGAAAAGAUCUAGUGAAAUGCAUUAUAUAUAACACCGGACUUUACACCCUUAGAAAUAAGGUUCCAAAGGGGUUCUUUGCAGAGUAUAUUGUUCUAUCAAGAACCAAUUUGACCUAAAAAAAAAACUCUUGGUCUAAGUAAAAGCCAUAUCUCAGACUGGCCAAUAAAAAGAAAAGAUUAAGAUGGGCAGCAGAAUACAGACACUGGACAGAGGAAGACCUCUGCCUUAAAGGGCAGCAGCCCGGAGACGCCUCUUCAAUGUUGACUGGUUGAGACUGGUGUUUAGCGGGUACUAUUUAAUGAAGCUGCCAGUUGACAACAUAUAAGGCGUCUGUUUCUCAAGCUAAGCACUCUAAUGUAUUUGUCCGUUUGUUCAGUUGUGCACAAGGACUUCCCACUUCUCUUUUCUAUUCUGGUUAGAGACAGUUUGCGCUGUUCUGUAAAGGGAGUGGUACACAGCAUUGUAAUGUAACUGCUUUUCAUAUGAGAAACUGCUUGGUGGUAAUUUCUUAUAUGAAAUAGCCUUCAGUUUUCAGAACAAGGACAGACGGAUGAGAUUCAGAAGAAAGUUAUUUGUUUUUGGCUAUUUUGAGCCUGUAAUCAAACUCACAAAUGCUGAUACUGAAGAUACUGAACCUGUCACAAGCCCAGUUUUACUGCUUUUUUUAAUCAGCCCAUCAGUUCUCUGUGGUGCAAACAUAACCUGUGUGAAGCUGGCCCCCCACCCAACGCAAAAUAGGCUUAAUCGUUUGUGCUCCGUUUGUGCUGUUAAGGGGUUGUAAUAAUCAAUUAGCCUUGGAUUAGAAAACACAAAGUGCAUUUGGAACACAGGAGUGUUAGUUGCUGAUUAUGGGCCUCUGUACACCUAUGUAGAUAUUCGAUAAAUAAUUAGCAGUUUCCAGCUACAAUAGUAAUUUACCACAGUAACAAUGUCCAGACUUUAUUUCAGAACAAUUCAAUGUUAUUUAAAUGGACAAAAAAUGUAUAGGCUAAUAAGGCUACCUUACUGUAUGUAUACAGGAGCCUAGUAAAAACCCUCAGAAGAUCAAAGGAUUUCAGUUGUUAUGAUAGUUUGCUUCAGAUAAAAUGGUUAUUGGAGGAGCCUUUCAUAUAGAAUUCUGCAAUAUGUCCUACCUAGCUUCCAUAACGCUCCUUUUAUAGGGUUAAACCAAAAAACUUUUUUUUUUGGAGUAACUGACUGGAUGGGAAAUAGAUAACAUACAGGAAACUAAAGGAAGAGGUUAAACAGCCCACGAUAAUAUUAUCGCAUGCAACAAACAAGAUAAGUUGUCUUUCCAUUCUUGUGUAUGCAGACGUUAAACGGAGACACCCACAGUUGCGUGUUACCUUGUGUAUUUUAUCGGAUGUGUCCCAUUGGUCAGCCUUGUGGUAGAAAACCGAACUGUUAAUGAAAUACCAUCCACCAAAUGUAUGACAUACUGGACCAAUUAGAAAGCGAAUGGAAUGUAAGGUUGGAGACUGGAGGCAAUAUAGUUAAACCAGUUAAAUAAUAUAAAAGCAACACUGAGGAAUUUGGACUUGUCCAAAAUGGUAAAUCCUGCAUUGCUGGAGAAUGGUACAAGCUGCAAGGAGCGUGUUUUCAAUGAGCGUGCAGGUUGUUUUGCUGAGAGCGGCACUUGGCCUUUUAGUAGGUUUUGUUUUCCAUUUAUUAUGCUAUGUAUAUCUGUUAUAUUUAUUGUCAAGAAAUGAAGUGAAAAUAAAGCUCGACUUGCCAUCAGUUGGUGUCUGGUAUUCCUUCAGACACACCAACUGACACUCCUGUUAUACUUCUAUCCCUUUUGUGGGUCAUCAUUUAACCGGCUCCCAAGGAAUAUAUUUCAGCCUAAAUUCUUUUUUCUUCUUUGUCUUUUGAGUUGUCCAUGUUGACUGAACAGAAACUGGUGAAAUUUCUUGCAGCAUUAAAGGGA